AUGUUGUCAUAUGUGCUUACUGUAAACUGGAACUACGGAAUUGGGAGGAAGGGGAUAACGUUUACACAGAACAUCAGCGUCACAAUCCCAACUGUUCAUUUUUGGCAACACAAUUGGAAAAAAGAAGACAACAUUAAGCAGCGUCAUCAGAAUAAAUCAGCAGAUUGUCCAUUUGUUCAAGAUGAAGUGGAUAAUUUAUCUCGUUAUCAAUCAAAUGUCAUAUUCGAUCGCCCGAAGCAUCCACAAUUUGCCUUGUUGAAUGAUCGUCUAAAAACUUACGUCAAUUGGCCAGCAGACAAAAAGCAAACACCUCAGAUUUUAGCUGAAGCCGGGUUCUAUCAUACUGGUGAAACUGAUACUGUCAUUUGCUACUGUUGUGAUGGUGGAUUAUGUAACUGGGACGAGGAAGAUGAUCCUUGGAUAGAACAUACUCGUUGGUACCCACGUUGUACAUAUGUCCGUCAGAGAAAAGGUGAUCAAUUUGUGAAUUCUGUGAAAAGGAAUGAAUUUUCACUUUCAACUGACAGUAAUCAUGAUGCUGUUGAUGAUGCAAACAAAAUUGCUUCUCCUCCUCUAACACAAGGAUCAACUUUAAAUUCAGAUGUACAAAUUUCAGAAAGAGAUGGAGGUCCAAAAAUUAGCCAAUCUAUUCGAAAGAGUCCAACAGUUCUGGCUGUACUUGAACUGGGAUAUGAGGAAAAUAUUGUAGAAUAUGUUAUCAAGAAGAAAAUUAAAGAAACAGGUUCUGCAUUUGCAAAAGCAUCUUUAUUGUUGGAAGCUGUAGUGAAGCACAUUGAUGAAGCGGGACCUGUUGUUUCGAAAGAUCAACAGGAAGAACUUGAGGAACAACAUGAAGCAUUAGUAAAUCCAGAAAAUCAGCUCAAUAUGGAUGACAAAUUGAGAGAAGAGAAUCGGUUGUUGAAAGAACAGAAAACAUGCAAAAUUUGUUUAGAUAAUGAUUUAAGCAUAGUCUUUUUACCCUGUGGCCAUUUUGUAAGUUGUGCAACAUGUGCACCAUCAUUAAAAAAUUGUCCACUGUGUCGAUCACAGAUUAUGGGCUUAGUCAGAACAUAUAUGUCGUGA